CUCUCUCUCUCUCUCUCUCUCUCUCUCUCUCUGCCAUUGAAUGCAUUUCAUUGGAAAUACAUGAAGCAAGAAUGUUAUAAUCGCAUUAUUAAAUGGCACGUGAUGUUUAAAUUGACUAAUGAGAAUUAACUCUAACGUUCAGAACGAACAGUCCAUUCAAUCUGGUUUUGAAGAGCGCUUGCAGAUCGAGACAUUUAGGAGCUUUUUGAAUUACAGAACUUUAUACUUGACUAUCUACUCUGGUCAGUGUGUCCGUUUAAAGUCAUAAUAGCCAACUAUAUCCUACACUCAGCGCCUUGGAAUUUCGAGCACAACUAUGUGGUCAAGAAUGUCGAGGAAUUUCCCAGUCCUGCCAAUCUGAUCUAGAUUUCAGAACCAAGGACAGUUCACACCUGCUCCACCUGGGAUACCGACGCGCGACGUUUCCUCACUUCCCGACUUUAACAAUGCAACCAGUGAAUAACCAAGAUGACAUGAGUGUCAAGAGUAGGCUCUAGAGUGAUCCACCUAACCCAGCCUCCUACACCCACUUACCUACGACCCACUACACUGACCCCAGCUAGACUACCUCACCAUGCCCACCACCGGCCUCCUCUGCCCUGGGCUCUGGUCCAAAGCUGCCCCUUGGUGGUCCCUUCACCUGCUCCUCUUUGACCUGCUCAUCUCUGAGGCCCUGGCCAGCCCUAACAACAGAUUCCCCCCUUCCACCAAGAGGGAGAUCACCAUCGAUGGGGACCUGGUGAUCGGAGGACUGUUCCCUGUGCACGAGAAGGGUGAGGGGGUGGAGGACUGUGGGAAGAUCAACGAGCAGAGAGGGAUCCAGAGACUGGAGGCGAUGCUUUUAGCACUGGACGAGAUCAACGCAGACGAGAGGCUGCUGCCAGGCCUCAGGCUGGGAGCCCACAUCCUGGACACCUGCUCUAAGGACACCUACGCUCUGGAGCAGAGCCUGGAGUUUGUACGAGCCUCCCUCACUAAGGUGCACGAGCCGGGGUUCAUCUGUCCAGACGGAUCCAACCCCAUCCAGGAUGAUGUCCCUCUGGCCAUUUCUGGAGUCAUCGGGGGCUCCUACAGUGACGUUUCCAUCCAGGUGGCCAACCUCCUGCGCCUCUUCCAGAUCCCUCAGAUCAGCUAUGCCUCCACCAGCGCCAAACUCAGUGACAAGUCUCGCUAUGACUACUUCGCCCGCACCGUGCCGCCAGACUUCUACCAGGCCAAGGCCAUUGCCGAGAUCCUGCGUUACUUCAACUGGACCUACGUGUCCACCGUGGCAUCCGAGGGCGAUUACGGUGAGACAGGCAUCGAUGCCUUCCAGCAGGAGGCCCGCGCCCGCCAGAUUUGCAUCGCCACCUCGGCCAAGGUGAGCCGCUCGAUGAACCGGUACAGCUUCGAUCAGGUGAUCCGCUCAUUGCAGCAGAAGUCCAAUGCCAAGGUGGUCAUUCUGUUCACACGCAGUGAGGAUGCCAGGGAGCUGCUUGUGGCUGCCGCCCGCAUGAACGUCACCUUCAUCUGGGUGGCCAGCGACGGCUGGGGGGCGCAGGAGAGUGUUGUGAGGGGAAGUGAGACAGCAGCCGACGGGGCCUUCACCAUCGAGCUGGCCUCCUACCCCAUCCGGGAGUUUGCCGACUACUUCACCAAGCUGAACCCCUACACUAACACACGGAACCCCUGGUUUAGAGAAUUCUGGGAGCACCGCUUCGACUGUAGUCUUACAGAGCCUGGUUGUAGUGAACACAGUCUGCGGGACGGCAAGUUUGAGCAGGAGUCCAAGAUCAUGUUUGUAGUGAACGCAGUGUAUGCUAUGGCUCAUGCUCUACAUAAUAUGAGGCAGGCAGUUUGCCCACUCAAUGCAACCAAGAUCUGUGAUGCAAUGAAGCCAGGCACCGGGAAGAGGUUCUAUAGGGAUUUCAUCCUCAAGGCCAAGUUUGAUGCUCCCUUCAGACCUGCCGACACAGAGAACAUUGUGCGUUUUGACGCCUACGGGGACAGUCUGGGCCGCUACAACAUCUUCCACUAUCACAAACAGGAUGAAAAAUACGUGUAUAGGAAGGUGGGUUACUGGGCCCAGGGCCUGAUCCUGAAUACCAGCCAGGUGCCAUGGAGGGGCCCAGCCGGAGUGCCCCCCACCUCCCAGUGCAGUGAUCCUUGCAGGAAGAACGAGGUGAAGAGCAUGCAGCCUGGAGAUGUGUGCUGCUGGAUCUGCAUCCCCUGCCAGCCCUACCAGUACCUGCUGGAUGAGUUCACCUGUGCAGACUGUAGCUUUGGACAGUGGCCCCAGGCCAACCUGACAGGCUGCUUCGACCUCCCAGAGGAAUACAUCCACUGGGAGGAUGCCUGGGCUAUUGGGCCCGUCACCAUCUCCUGCCUGGGCAUGUUGUGUACCCUUUCCGUGGUGGGCCUGUUCUUCAAGAACAAUGACACCCCUGUGGUCAAAGCCAGCGGCCGGGAGCUGUCCUAUAUCCUCCUACUCGGAGUCCUAAUGUGCUACAGCAUGACCUUCAUCUACAUCGCCAAGCCCUCGAUGGCCGUGUGUACCCUACGUCGACUAGGCCUGGGAACCUCCUUCGCUGUGUGCUACUCGGCACUGCUCACUAAGACCAACCGCAUCGCGAGGAUCUUUAGCGGGGUGAAGGACGGGGCCACACGGCCACGGUUCAUCAGCCCAGCCUCCCAGGUGGCCAUCUGCGGCGGACUUAUCUCCUGUCAGCUCCUGGUGGCUGUGGUCUGGCUCCUGGUGGAGUUGCCUGGCGUCAGGAAGGAGGUGAGCCCCGAAAGGAGGGAUAUAGUCACCCUGAAGUGCAACAGCAAGGACUCCAGCAUGCUGGCCGCUCUGGCCUACAACUGCGUCCUAAUCGUCCUCUGCACAGUCUACGCCUUUAAGACCAGGAAGUGUCCAGAGAACUUUAACGAGGCCAAGUUCAUUGGGUUCACCAUGUACACCACCUGUAUCAUCUGGCUGGCCUUCCAACCCAUCUUCUACGUCACAGCCAGCGACUACAGGGUUCAGACCACCACCAUGUGUAUCUCUGUCAGUCUGAGUGGCUCUGUGGUGCUAGGCUGUCUCUUCGCUCCAAAGGUCCACAUCAUCCUAUUCCAGCCCCAGAAGAAUGUGACCACACUAAGGGUGCCUGCCAACCGCUUCGGGGCCACGGUCACAACAUCAGCCUCCGUCCCCAGCUCGUCGAAAGCGGUAACAACGGUGUGUAACGGUCGUGAGGUGGUGGACUCCACUACAUCCUCGUUGUGAAGAAGGUUGAGCUGCUUGUAUCAUUCCUCCGUUCUCCAAACACAAGCUACAGUGCCAUCUGAAAUCACCCCCUCUCAUCCAACAAAGCUGCUGAUGACAUAACGCUCAUGCCAUAUCUCAAGUCCCAUUUACAGUAGAGACAAGUAGAGGCUCUCUCUAUUCAGACAGAGGACUGUGAAAGCUAAAUUAUGACUAUAUACAUACCAGUAUUACGUAAUGUAUGAGUGUAAAUCCUUUUGGUAUAGAUUUAACAACAUUGCAUUGAUUUUAUUUGGUUUCAGGAUAGACUUGUCGUUGAAUGCACUGCUGUAUGAAGGGUUGCAAAGGGAGGGUAUAUUACUGAAAACUUUCUAAGUUUACCAGUAAACUACCAGAGUUUUGGUCAUUUUCAGGUUUCUUUUGGAAUUGUAUAAAAUGACAUCGAGUGGCCUUUUUAGUACUUCAGAUUAUCACAGGUGUCUGUAAUUAUGAAAUAAUUAAAUAAAUUGAUUUUAAAAUAAAAAAUAAAGACAAGCAGUAAAACAUUAUCCUAAAUAUAAACCAUCAACUUAGUGAACACCAUUGGUGUUUAAUAUGAUGGUUUCAGCAUGAAAAAUCCUUUAUUUAUGUUUUACACACUUAUUUUACUAUUUCAAUGUCUAUGUUGUAAAUGUUUUGGAAUCAAACUGGUAGCAGUUUGAAGAGUUAAUGAAAACAAUUGUUGAUUAGAUGUUUUUUUCAUUAAUUAGGCUAUAUUUUCCUGAACUUUAUGGUCUAUCCACUAGAAACUCAUGGACAAUAUGCACACAGAUAUAAAAAUGAAUACUAUAUUUUAAUUUAUAUAUAUUUUUUAAAAAGUUAUUCAAGUAUAUAAAUUAACAAAGAUCAGUUUUCCAUCCCAAAUGUGUGUGUGUGUAAAGUACAUGUAGGAAAAAUAAUUGCACAACAGUCCUGAUGGAAAAGGCUAAUUUGUUAACUUUCCAAAUGUCAACAAAACACACUAGAUAAGGUGGAAUCUUUUUGUGUGCGUAAAAUUAAUUAUGCGAGGAAUUGUAAUGGAAACUCCUUUAUGCGCAAAUAUUGUAAACUUGGGAGUCACACGAUGGUAUGUUGUUUGGUCCUCCCACUACAACUCAGGAAAGCAUGCAGUUUAUUUGGCUACAGAUGAAUUAAAUUAUGAACGUCACAGGGUGGUGAAAGUGGACAGUCAUGAGCUUGAUGCUACUUUCCAAUAAAUAUCGAAGGACUAAUUCUGGUGACACGAUAAUCAAUGCUUGGCUGCUGUUUGACAAAUAAAAAUAAUCUCGUACAUCUUGUACAUAAUAAUAUCAUCAUGUAGGCUAUACCUGCAUUGUACCUGCCAGCUGUUGGCUAGAGCAUGUGCCAAGACCAGAGUGGACACAUUCGCUAUAUAACGCAAAAUAUAUGCUGACAAAAAUAUCAGAAGAGUUGAAAAUAAGAUGGAAACCCAUUUAACAUGGGAAUAGAAAUUCAACCACAAAAGUAAUUAUGUGCACUACAUCAUCGCGCACAUCCUUUUCCCCACAAGUCAAUUUGAUGGAAAUAUGACCAUAUUGUAUGCACAUAUUGUUUUUAUAGAGAUUUUAGAAUAUUUGCAUUAAGAUCUGUCGCAAUUGGAUGGAAACAUAGCUAUAGAUUGAAAUAGAUUAUGUUAAUUACCAAAAUUCCAGAAGAUUCCAGUAGCUUUGGUCAAUUACCAGUAGCUUUGCAACCCUAGCUGUAAGCCUUGCUGUCAGUACAGAGAAUCCGUAUUGUGAAUAAGGUGGUUCAUGGUGUCAUACAGUUGUGAAUACAAUAUCCAAACGUUUUACUUCUCUUCCAACUACUAGAGUUAGUAUUAUUAACACAAAACACUUAUUGAAUUCAUUUUCCCCUGCUUCUUAAACUACAUUGAAAAAAAUAUAUAAAUGCAACAUGUAAAGUGUUGGUCUCAUGUUUAAUGAGCUGAAAUAAAAGAUCCCAGAAAAUAUCCAUAAGCACAAAAAGCUUAUUUCUUUUAAAUUUGGUGCACAAAUUUGCUAACAUCCCCGUUGGUGAGAUUUUCUCCUUUGCUAAACUAAUCCAUCCACCUGACAGGUGUGGCAUAUCAAGAAGCUGAUUCAACAGCAUGAUCAUUACACAGGUGCACCUUAUGCUGGGGACAAUAAAAUACCACUAAAAUGUGCAGUUUUGUCACACAACACAAUGUCACAGAUCUUUAAAGUUGAGGGAGCGUGUAACUGGCAUAAUGACUGCAGGAAUGUGCAUCAGAGCUGUUGCCAGAGAAUGUAAUAUUAAUUUCUCUACCAUAAACCACUUCCAACAACAUUUUAAAGAAUUUGGCAGUAUGUCCAACCGCAGAUCACGUGUAUGGCUUUGUGUGGACAAGCGGUUUGCUGAUGUCGUUGUGAACAGAGUGCCCCAUGGUGGCAUUGGGGUUAUAUGUGCUGGCAUAAACUAAAACAAUGAACACAAUUGCAUUUUAUCAAUGGCAAUUUGAAUGGACAAAAAUAGUGACGAGAUCCUGAGGCCCAUAUUUUAAGGUAUCUGUAACCAACAGAUGCAUAUCUGUAUUCCCUGUCAUGUGAAAUCCACAGAUUAGGGCCUAAUGAUUUUAUUUCAAUUGACUGAUUUCCUCAUAUGAACUGUAACGCAGUCAAAUCUUUGACAUUGUUGCAUUUAUAUUUUUGUUCAGUAUACAUUUGAAUGACAUGAGAUUAACCAUAGUGAAAGUGAUGAUUAAAAACUAGGCUACUAUCAGCAUGGACAAUGUUUUAACGUAGACUUUGGUGAACCAGUUUGUGCUUUCUUGUAAUUUAUGUAAAUAAAGUGUUAUUUUUUAUUAUUAAAACAAAUUGUUAGUGUGUAUUUUGUUCACAAGA